CAUUCCCACGAGUGUAAACGCUUUCAGAAGACCUGGAUGGAGCUGCUGCUCGAUUCUAAUCAUUGGAUUAUAAAACAAAGCAAAACACCAUUAUCUCGCUUGAACCUGGACUUCUUAAAUCGGAAACUCUCCAUCUGACCAUUUUAUUGUACUUUGUUUUUUGUUUGGACGCGCAAUCAAGUUUUGGACCCGAACGCUCCACAAAACGACUUUUACGCAUCAGGCAAACACAGAGGGCGUCACAUUGACCGCUUUGCUUUAGCCUCUUCUUUUUCGUCUUCUUCUUUUGCAUUGUAAUAUCUUUAUUACGAUGCAUGCCUUUACGCAUCUAAAUAAUCCGAACGAGGAGGAGGAAAAUGAUUUCCCUUAAUUAGCGUGUUUCUCCGCCCUCAUCAUCCUCUGCGCGCGUACUGUGCUCUCCACGGGGCGUAAAAAAAAGUGUUCCGCGCACAAAUCGACGCUUCUUGUCGCUCAAGUCCUAAUUUGAGGCAAGGAAACUGUCGAAAUGACGCCUCUUGGUCGGCCUUAAAGGAGCUGGGAUGCUGGUGAGGGCUGCUGCUGUUUCCAAAAGGCUGCAUGGGAGCGAGCUGUCAUCUUAGUUUUCCCCGGCGUGGCAUCAUCUCGCUGGAAGUAGUAGGCUUCAGUGUGGAAGAUGGCUUUUGACUUUCCCCCAGGAUACAAAGCGUAAUCCCUCUGCAUGCCUGAUUACACAGUGACAGUGGAAACUCGUCUUUCAGUAAGGUAAAGGAUGACUGCAGCAGCAGGUGUACUGACAGGCUUGGCCAAGCUCAAGCGCCAGGACUCGGCCCGCUCUCAGCAUCGGCCCGUACCACCCGCCUCACAAGGCUUGGCCAACCCCGGCUCCGAGGGCGCGCCCAGAAAGCGGAAGCGACGCACAGACGUUGUGGUGGUGAGAGGAAGGCUUCGACUCUACUCGGCUUCUGGCUUUUUUCUCUUCCUGGGACUUAUCAUCUUGGCAGUAGGGAUUGGCAUGGCGACCCUGGGUUACUGGCCGCACAAUAAAGCCGUACCGACAGGAGGAGGAAGCGAAGUGAAGGUGGGGAGGGGUGUGACCAACGCAAGCCAUGAUGUUCAAGACUCGCCCUCAAAGCAGACGGGCGGCGCUCUGAUGCGGUUUCUGGAACAACAUCUUCACUCUGAGAGGAUGAAGAUGCUGGGGCCCUUCACCAUGGGCAUAGGGAUUUUUAUCUUCAUCUGCGCUAAUGCAAUACUUCAUGAAAACAGAGACAGGGAGACUAAGAUAAUCCACAUGAGGGACAUGUACUCCACGGUCAUCGACAUCCAUCGCCUCCGGCAGAGGGAGUACCAUCACCGCAGCAGCAUGUGUGCGCGAGACGUGAGUGAUCUUCGAGGUUUUGGGGCCGACACAGCAGCGCGCCUGGCCAGGAACUCCCUCCUGGGCUUCUCGUCUCGUUCUGGAAGCAGAGUUGGGUCCACGGAGGAGGAGGAGGUGCUGCUCGGGGAUGAAGAGUUCCACAGACACAGAGAGCAGGCCAGGUUGGAUUGUAGCUUUGCGGGACUGCUGGCGCCCUUGUACAAAGAUGGGCCCUUUUACGGCGCCGGGCUUGGGUUGUCGCAGUCCGACUCAAUGCGACGCCAGUGGUCAGUGGACGGAGAUGGGGAGAAGGGAGGACACCAUGCGGGGUCCAUUGUCUCCUCCUCCAUCUCUGCCUUUACUCUUCCCGUUAUUAAGCUAAACAACUGCGUAAUAGAUGAACCAGAAAUGGAGGCAAUUACCGAAGAGGACAGAGGAGGCGAGAGGAGGGAGCGGGAGAGGCCAGCGCCUCUGAGCUCCAUGGAGUCUCUGGUGGUGCCAGUAGCAUGUGUCGCCAAGGCCUCCAAGCCACCGGGCUUGCAACGCAGCCACUCGGCGUCCUCUUCCUCCCGCUGCUCUUCCUUCUCCUCGUGCAGCCUCUCCCCGGCUCCCUCCUCUACCUCAGGCUGCUGGCUCUCGCCGGGAGCGGCGAGGAGCGACUUUGGCUCCAACUCCUCCCUGCACAUGCUGAACAGCCACAGCCACUCCAAAUCCCUGGACCUGGAGCGUGGGCCCAGCAUGCUGAGCGUGCGCUCGGAACAGCGGAAGCACCCCAGCUGGCCGCGGCUCGACCGCAGCAACAGCAGCCGCAGUCACAGCGGGAACAGAGGCAGCAGCAAGGGAUACACGCGCCUGGAGGACCGGGAAGAGCAAGCGGAGCGGCUCUCGGACGCGUCGGCGUCCCCGACAGACAGACGCGACUACAGCAAGCGAGAGAAGCUGCUCAUGAUAUCCAGGUCGCAUAAUAAUCUGAGCUUGGAGCAGGAUGAGUUUAAUAGCAGCACGCUGAAGAGAGGAAGCUCAGAAACUCGAUUCUGAAGGAAGAGGUAACACCAACUCUCUCCUGGUCUGUAAAUUUGUUCUUCACGUUGUCUUAGUUGAUGACUGUGAGACUAAGUGGUGCUUUUAAGACGAGGUUUUUGGAACAAGGAGCAAUAGCACCAGUAAGUAACAUUAGAACCUGCACAGCAAGAAGGUUUGCACUUAAAUGGCUGUCUGACCCCACAGGCCUACUUUACGGCAGUAGAGGUUCUGCUUUACAGCUGUGUGAAAGGAGAAGCUCCCUGCAGGGAUCAAUGCAACGGCUUCAAAUUACAUGAAUAUGCUCUGGUGUUUAACAAACUGGACCAGGCUUCAGACAGCGAUGUUAAAUGAAGACGGUGGCCUGCAAAUAAAUACAAGGAAGAGGCCCUCACUGCCCUGUGGCCAUGUAAUAUUGACCUUUCCCAGGAACUUCAGUACAAAGAUGGCUGCAAAUACCAACAGUUUGGUAUCUGUGGCAGUGGCUCUGCUACAGGCGUUUUCAACUAACUGCUAGGUUAGAUUUUACUCAGGAUUAGUCAUCUCUACAUAUGGCCACAAGCCCACUUGGAGUGCAGAAAAUCUCUUGUUUUGUUAGUAAUUAUUGUGUAAUUGAUUGAGGAAUAUUUUCAGAAACAUUUUGCAAUAACUCUUUAAAAAAGUGAACCUCUCUGAAACCAGAUCUUUUACUGCCUUACUGUUUAAUUCAUAAAACCAAAUGUACACAUUUUAUUAAACAAUUUGGCUAUGGUUUAAUAACCAUAUCUGAACCCAAUCUCAUCUACGAAGAAAAGAAAUAAAAAAAUUUGAAAGGAAUAUUUUUGCUUUAAUUGCAUUUCCAGCUGCAUCUGGAAUGGAAAUGUCGUUCAGGACUAAAGAGAAAUGAUGUGGGACUGAAGACUCCUCAGUGUUUCUGGUCGUGUUUCCAUAAAUCACCAUUUGAAGCAUUUUUACACACAUUAGUUUCCAAAGAUUGGCACAUGUAAAUAUUUUUGUCCCAUCACAAGAUGCCGUCACGCAUUUUCUUCCAUUAAACUGAAAACAAAUGGAACAUAAGAAUUCACGUUAACUCUUGUUAACGUUUUUAUGUAUUUCACCUUUAAUUACUUAAUUCUUGUCAAUUACAAAGCAAGUGAACACAAAAUUAAGUUUAUUGGAAAACUAGAAUAUGAAUAUCCAAACAUUGCGACAAAAAAACAAACUACACAAUCAUGAGGAUGACUGAUACUUAUCCAGCAGACAUUCUCCAAAAAGUCACAAAAAAUCACUGUCAGGUGAGCUGUAUCCAAUUCGGCAGAUGGAAAGUUGAGUGGAAGGAAAAAGGGUGAUUAAAAAAGAGGAUUCAUACAAUACAGGGGUUUCACUUUUUUUGACUGAAUUACUGAAAUAAAAUCAAUUCUUGAUGAUGUUACUUAUCUUUUUUUAAAUUUGGUUUGGGCUGCUAGAUAAAAGUCUCCAGACACAUUAUGGCGGCCAUCUUUGUUGACACCUCUGUAAACGUCUUUUAUUGUAGCAUUUUCCGCUACAUUUGAACCACCAGGGUGGAAUAGUAAAAUUGUUUUACAGUCUGAUGUGUGUUGAGAAUCUUUUUCAGAUGAACUAGUUUCUAGUGGUCUGUGAGUCACUGUUCAAUUUUUGUUUUUUUUCUCAGAAUAAAAUUUAUUUUCUCUGAAAAGCGUUGUUCUUAUUACUUAAAAAAAUAAAAAUAAAAUAAAUCAUCUGUUUCUGCAGGGACAUAGAAAUGAAUGUACAUGUACUAAUAAUCAAAACAUAUCUUUGUAGAUUUAUUUUUUUGGUUUUAAUUAAGUAUUUGGUGAAACUUUUUUUUAUUUUGGCGCAUGCUUCUCUUCUCAUUGUUUAGCCAUAGCAGCAGAAGGAUACAAAUAUUUGCUGCACUCUGCUGCUAAGUAUGCUUGUGAUGAGCCUUACAUGCGGUCUGUAUCAUAAGAUAGAUAUUACUGGAAAUAUGUCAUUAUCACCAUUAAGCAUAUUAGUUAUGUAGCUGUCACAUUCGGUAGUGUUUAAUUAAUUAGAAUAUGCAUUUUGAUCAGGUUUCUCAAAAUACAGGAACAUUUUUAAAAAUACGUCACAAACAAGUAUGAAACCUAGUCCAUGUCUCUGAAAAAUUUUAUAAUUUUUUUUUCGUCUGGUGUAAUAUUCUAAUCUUAAAUCUUUGUGCUUUCAUAAGCUUUAAGUGGAAAAUAAUCAUAAAUAGUAAAAAUACAUGCUUAAGAAAGCAGUUUGUUCCUGAAAUGAGUAAAGCUUUUCAAUAAUCCUCUAUUGAAUAUGACUGUAUAUUGAAAUUCUUGAUGAUGAAUGGCUUGACAUUUUCAAAUGUUACAGGCUAUAAAAUAACUAUGCAAUUGCCUGUUACUCUGUCAGUGUCACAGAGAAGAUCUGACUGUAAAAAAUCUCAAGUCGUACGCGUUCUUACAUAAAUAUAACUGUGUUUCCUGUUAAAAUGGAUAACCUUUUAAUAUCCCUCACAUGUCUGCAUAUUUUGAGGCAUGAACUGGGAACUUGCAGAAACGUAGCUGCCUUUGGGAUUUACUGGACCCCAGUCUGCCUUUUUAUUGGCCUGGACUCACAAUAGUUCUCUGUUUUUGGCACAGAGGCAUUGAUCCCCUGGGGAUGCUAAGCCGUUUUCCUAUUUCUGUAUCGGACAAUGGUACAAUUAACUUUAUGGCCAUCUCUGGGAUCUUGGCUCUGCCUGCUGGUAACACACACAGAUUUGGUAUUACGUUUGACAGAAAUCCAUCUUCCUUUCUCUUUGUGUGCAAUUGCAUUGCAUGUAAUCCGUGUUCUUGCGUAAUAAGGCCUCAAAUUAGUUGGACAUCAUUACUUUGCAAACAUGCAUUAGCCUAGCAACUCAACGCAUCUCAGUCAAUGUUUAAGAAACGCAUCUAGCACAAGAACUUGCUGAAAUCAGAUACAAAACAAACCAGAAAAACAUUGUGAUAUUGCAUUCCUGUUGCAUUUUUUACCACGGCAUAUCACAGGAAUUUGAAUAAACUUGAAAAAAAAAAGAGUAGAUUUUUCUUUCAAGAAAAACAGCAUGAAGAAAAAAAAUACACCCACACACUGAGUCCAAAAACAGACGACUACCAAGAAAACAGAAAACACCCUGGAGGGGGAAAAAAGAAAGGGAACAAAUAAACAACGAGAAACGAUUAUCUGGGAAAGUACAAAGAAUUACCUGAUGUGUGGGAGUGGAUGACAAAAGACCAACGGACAGAAAUUAGGUAAAAAAUGAAAAAAAAAGGUUAGAACAGCAUCAGCUGAAAGUUGUUUACACUGUCUAUACCUGCUUAUCGACCUCAACAGGUUGCAAUUCCCUCACAUGGAUACAGAGACACACAGGACAACACGAUCGCUCCGAAGGGGAGUUUAGAAAAACUAUUUAACCUAACAUGCAUGUUUCUGGACUGUGGGAGGAGGCCAGAGAAAUCUGAACUCAUAUGUUCAGUCUCUAAAAGUUCGUUCUGGUUCUUUAUCUCACAAAAAACAAAAAAAAAAAAACACACACACACACACACAGAUUAAGACAUUUCAAUGAGCAACUUGUUCUCUCUGUAUCCUCCAUGCACUACCCUCAGGCUUCUACAGCUGGCGGGGAACAUGGGAACCAACCUCCUCCAUCGAAAGUUUAGUUGCGAAUGACAUCACUUAAGUUUGUCCCAAAAGAACAGAUGGCUAAAUGAUGCACGCAUCUGAAUAAAGUGCUUCAAAAUGAUUCACUCUCGCCACUGAAAUUAAUCCAGAAAAGUGCCUUUCCAUGGUUAAUCCUCAAUCUUCCAACAGCAGACCAAACUAAACUCCCUCUCUGUCUGUCUCUCUCUCUCUCUCUCUCUCUCUCUCUCUCUCUAUGCUUUAACAGCACUUGCAUUCAUUUCAUCACUCUCCAUCAUCUGAGUAUCCCACAGGCAGACCUUUCCCACCUCCCAGGCCUCCUUGCACACUUUGAAGAGCUGUUGACAUUUAAGUAAUUUCUAGUCAGCCCAAUGUUUAACUUUUCAAAAGUGGAUUUUCAUGAGACGUCCUCUGCAUUUAUACAGUGGGUAAAUUAUGCGUCGGACACAUUGAUAUGUUUUCUCGGUCUCCAGCGUUCUGAUGGGGCCACAGACAAAAAAUCGACAACAUUUUUUUGGCAACCCAAGUAAUCUGCACACGUGAAAAUAAGCAACAAGUUAGUCCAUAAAUUGUGAGGAAUCAAAUUAUAUUACAGGUAAUAUUUUCUUUUGCAUUUCUACACUUCUGUGGUGAUCUCUGUUGGAGUUGUAGUCAUAAAGCAACCACCACCAGGUGCACCUCAUGAGAUUUUUGACCGAGGAGUCGAAGGAAUAAUCAGAAGAAUUGUUUGAUUAGACUCUAGAGGGGGCUUCAAAAAGACCUGGAAAUAGCAGAUUUUCACAGAAAACUAGAUAAGUAAUAAACCUCUGCGCACACUUAUGCUGUGAUCCUCCAUUGCAGAAGAAAACCUUGAGCUUGAGUGAAGAUUUGGACAACCGUGUUCAAUACUUAUUGUCUGUGCCAAUCAGAUUUUUUUAUUUGCUUUGGUUCCUUUGUUUGUGUUGAUCCGCUGGAUGUUGUUUACAUCUAGUGUGAGCUUUAAAUUAGAAUUAUUUAAACAAAGAAAAUAUUGAAAUGUUCAAUAUUGACUUUAUCUGUUGUAUUAGAUGAUGACUGCCUCAUACGUCAUCCUGCAUAUACAGGAAUUUAAAAAGAGACCUAUGGUCAAAUCAAUAGAAUCAGCAAAGUGCAAUAGUGUUGGAUGUCGUAAUUUAACUCAGAACUUUGCAAUAGAUAAAAAAAAAAAGAUUUACUGACUUUCCUUGCUCCUUUUUUAGAAAAUAAAACAAACUGACAAAAAUUCACCUUGUGGUUUAGUCAUCAAAACUAUAUGUGUGUGUCCAAGCAGUUUUUACUAAACUAUAACAAAGUGCAGUCCUGUUUAUCCGUACAGACAUGCAUGAGAAAUAUGCACUUUAUGUGAAAUAACAUUUAUAAAGUCCUUUUCAGGUUCGCUGGACAAUCCUGUCACACAAAAACACACAAAAAGAAAACUUUUUGUGUGUUUUCUCUAAUUGGCUGAAGAGGGUGUGGGAGGGGAGAAGCAAGUGUUUUGUGUAUUAGGCUCCUGUUGAUUUUGCCGCCCACCCCCCCUCCAAAAAAAAAACAAAAAACAAAAAACUAAACAGUAGCAACGUGGGCACUUCACUCACAUCCUCAGCCAUUAAACAGACUAAUUACUACGACACAUCUGGAGGCCAAACGAAAUGGUGUGCGGAGUGGAGGCUGGGUGGCAGCAGGGGUGUAACUGCAUCAGCAGAACUGUCACAGAUAAAAGCAGAGCGUCGUGGUUUGGAUGAGCAACGCUGAAUUAGUAAUGGAAGUGAGUCAUCCGCUCAGAAACAUAUUGGCUUCCAGAGCAAAUGAACACUCAAGUCCCCCCCCGACCUCCCGUUUAAUCAAGUGGAAAAACAAGUGAACGUUUUCGAAAUGUGUUGUGUUUGUAGAUGUUUGGAUACGGUUACAGAUUCACACCAUAAGUGCUUCAGUGGCUCUGCCACCGCUUGUCCUAUUAACCUCUCUCGUGUCACUUCCUGUCCCAGUGCAGCAGCGCGAUGCUCUGGACCCCUGCCUGAGGAGUAAACACACACCAGCACAAAUCGAGCUUUUAAAAGAAACACUCCACCCCCCAGAAGCCAGGAAAAAGCUAAACUGAGCAGUAAUUUGGUGGGGUUCAACCAACUGACUCCGUGACUGCCACAGAGAUGAUAGAAAUACCGACUGAGGUCAGCAGAGUUUAUGUGAUGCAUUGACCUCGAUGUGCUGAUGGGAGGAAAAGCUAUGAGCUGCUUAAUGCGAACAGAGUUGCAAAAAUUGGUCGAAAAUCCAUCCUGUCCUCAUGUCCUUGUAACUAAGCUGACAUGUGAGCAUUUUCACUGGCAACAAGAAUGAAAUGCAAGCUGAUGUAAUAAUCCAACACCUGCAACGGGCUUUAAAGCUCCCAUCAUGUAUUUCAGGAACAACUCAUUUCUAAUUUCCAGCAGAUAUCAGCAUGUGAUCAGGGAUCCCAGGGAAAUGCAAGCAAUUGAUUUAAAACAUCUAAACCUGCCACCAGCGCUGCGGUUUUAGUGCCUCAACCUGAAGAGAGAUCAUUAUCCUGUCUUUGUUUUAUGUUUGUUUCUCAGACUAUGGAUUACUUCUCUGCUGUCAACGUCACUUUAAAGUGGAAGAUACACAAAUCAAGCUUGAACAGAACUGAGGUUGAUUAACAUCAACACAUGAAAACUGGUAUCUAAAUGUUAAGCAGAUGAUGACGAUUAAAGAAAGAGCCCCUGAAUGUCACGGAUUUUGUGCUGACCUGCAUGACCCCAAGCUCCACCACCUGGAGGAGAAACAGGAUGGAGUCUGCAUCAGUCUGGGGGCGGAGCAGCUCAACAGGAAGGAGGAGAUCAAUGCUAUCAGAACAAGCAUGGAGGUUCUGAGUGGCCCCUGGGCUGAUCUGGCCCUUUUCCUGCAACAGGCUGCCACGCUCACAGACAGGGACACAGGCAGCUAUCUUCCUCUCUGGCUGUUUGGAUGGCUGCUCUUCCUGUCAGUCUGUCUGCUGCUGCUGCAACUAAUCAUCUACUUCAGCUGGAAACUCGGACAGGCUGAGGGGGAUCUGUCCAGGUUUGAGCAGAACCGAAGUGCCAUCCACAGAAGUGCCAGUCUGAGGAGGAGAAGUUUUGGAUCACAUUCCUAUUCCUGACAGGAAUCUGAACACUACUCAGUGGAAACAUCUCACAAUGUGCAAUAACUCUUUUGCAUAGUUUUUUUUUUUUUUUUUAAAUUGGAUGCUGUAAUGUUAAUAUUAUGUGUGAUACUGAUCUUCUACACAGUUCUCAGCUUAUGUCCGUCGGUUUGUAUUAUUUAGGUUUUAAUAUCAAUAAAAUAAGUGCCUGGGGAAAAAAAAAGACGACUGGAAGUGUUUCAGAGUAUAACAAUUGUUUAUUGGAACAGUGUUAAACAGGGGUGAGGAGUGGCUGCGUGUGAGGAGACGACACGAUUAUGCAGCUAGACUAAACAACCUACCAGUGAUGUGUUGGUAGCAGGAAGCAAAGGGGUGGCUGGUUAAUUUCUUCAAAAUGUCCGUCUUCAUAAAAGUGUUAGAUUUAUUUCUUGUUAGACGAGAUAGAAAAAAAUGUGCUGUUAUUGUGUGGAAUAAAGCCUGAGAAUGCGAUUUCUCCAAUAAUCUGAUCAUAAAGACGUUUUAGUUAAAAUCCCUGACAAAUUUAAAAUCAGCUGGUAAUGAUCAUCAGCUUCGUAAUCUGAAUAAAAGAUUAAAAUUCUGAAAAAAAAAUUUUUUUUAUUAAAGCUACAAACAUUUUGGAAAAGUCAACCUCGCCUCCCCCUAAACCUCCUGCGGUGGGUUCAAAGAGAAAAGCCCUGAACCAGAAGCAGAGAAAAGGCGGCAAAACAAGUUGAUCUGUAGUGGUUUUUCUUCACCAACAAAAUACACAGUGGCAAUAUUACAAAUAAGCAGGACGGUGGAGCGACAGACCCCACCCUCCCAACUACUAGACCAGUUUCACGGAGAAAAGACAAACCAUGAGAGCCGAUGUGGCAUUACAGAUUUAUUUAAUGAGAUUUUCCUAUGUGGAGCAGCGGUCGCUUCCAAAGCUGCCUAGAGAUGAGUGUUUUUAUUUAUUUUUUUUUUUUCACGUUUAUUUUUUUUCUUCUGUUUUGCAAGAGGAUUAGAAGUCAAAGCUCCCUCCCCGCGUGGAAUGUUAUUUAGCUGCAUAGUUGAAGUAAGACCGGUGUUUAGAAAGUUGUUGUUUUUUUUUGUUUGUUUCUUUUCCACCUUUGGCCUCACAGUCCACUGGACAUGUUACACUUUCCAGACUGGAUGUUUAUAAAAAGUUGUAUUCCUUUAAACAUAACUUUUAAAAAGGUCCAAUUAAAGAGAAGUGGAACAUGUUUUCUCAGAAGAGUCUACUUGAACAACAAAGCCUUUUCUUCAAGCUUCUCAGAAUAAAAACGGCGUUAUUUGGUGUCAUUCUACAAAAAUGUGAAAAAGACAACAUAGAAAUUCAUUGUGGGUUUAAAGAGCACUUCAGGCCCUCUAACCUCCUCCCUCUUUAAGCUGCAUUAUGAUGUUGUGCCGACUGUUUUACCCCUCUAGUAUUUUGUGCAAUGGGAACCGCUGUUUGGUUGCACUAAACCAGCUACGACACAUCCAGCAGCAUGGUGGAGUCAGAUUAUUUCAGUACAGAUAACCUAAACCUAAACCAGUCACAGACACCGUCAGCCUGUUCUAAGCUGGCUGAAGUUGACAGAAAAGAAACGGUGAAAGCAUGCGUGAUUCAAUCCCAUAUGCUUCAUCGUCUUUUAACAGGCUUUUUUUUCUCAGUGCUAAGUGCAGCAAGAUAUGAAAAGGAUAUGAAAAGUAGCCGGGCGUGAACAGUGAAGAACUACGGCAAUAAGCAGGUUUGUAGUUACAGCGAACGUGUAGAAGUUGCAUUAGUGUGAAUCUGGGACAGAACUGGUUUCAAGUCGUUUUCGUUUUGGUACCGUCGCUGCUCCGCGUCUCGCUUUGAACAAUUUAAACGAAGUGAAAUUUUACCUGGAGAUAUUCUAUGAAAACAAAGCAUCUCCGCGCUGGAACCGGCACAGAGUAAGGCCAACUUGUAUCGCCGCUUCAAUUGGUUUUUACUCCCGAGGUAUCGGUUGGCACUCUCCCAAUCAUCGUCCAGUUUACCAGUCGUCUCUCCCAGAGAAAUGUCAGUUUAAUCUCCCAUGUUCCCCUGGGGCCCAGCAGGAACGGUUAGUGUUGAACAGUAGAUGAACCCGACGAGGGGCUAAGCUACUGAAAAGCUGCUCUUAUUAUUAUUAUUUUUUUUUAAUAACCUUCAUUUUUCUUCGUCUUCGUUUCCGUACAAGAAAUGCAUCGACCAGCGUUGAAAUCUGCUUAUUUUCAGUUCGACUUCGCCUCGGUGUCGAUUUGUGAAAUUCAUCACAUUCUGCUUUUGAAGCUUAUGUAAUUUCACGGCAAACAUGGGCGACAAAACGUCACCUUGUGUCGGUGAAAUAAAAUGAGAGCUGAACUGAAGAUGAACUUACUAAGCAGCUGGCAACAACACAAGGAAUGUGGAUGAAUAAGCUACAUUUACAACAUCAAAAAAAAAAAAACAUUUUAAAAAAUCCCAAAACCUGGAUGAUUUACUGCAAUGUGUAAGUUACAGCUCCUCCCAUCGUGUAAUUAAUAAUAAUAAAAAAGCAUUAAUGUGAAAUAGCUUGCCUUGAUUGAUUUACAAGGUAAAAAUUUUUUUAAAAGAUUUAUUUUUAUGUUCUUCAAACCGAAUUAAUGAGUUAAAUAUUUUUCUUUGCAUUUA